UGGAGUGAAUAAAUUUCAUAUAAUUUUGGUCAUAUUAUCACGAGUGAAAUUUAUUUUAAUCUAUAAUUUAUUUACAAAUGUUUUUCAUUAUAUAAAUAUGAAGAUAAUCAAACCUAUUUGGGUCAAACAUGAACAUAAAGGUAUACCUCUUUCAAUAUUUUCCAUUGAUAUUCAUCCGGAUGGUACCCGAUUCGCCACUGGCGGCCAAGGAAAUGAUUGUGGCCGGGUCGCAAUCUGGAAUCUUUCAGCUGUCAUAUCGACCACAGUAGAAAAUGAUGAAAAUCAACCAAAACUUUUAUGCCAAAUCGAUAGUCAUCUUCAAUGUGUCAACAGUGUAAGAUGGUCACAUACGGGCAAUUAUUUGGCUUCAGCUGGUGAUGACAAAUUAAUUAUGAUAUGGCAACUAGGUGGAAGAUAUCAAGGGAAUACCGAACAUUACCGCACAGUUUCUACAUUACGUAGUCAUUCGGGUGAUAUCCUAGAUUUGAGCUGGUCUCAUGAUGACCAAUAUCUAGCCUCUUGUUCAAUCGAUAAUAUGAUUGUCAUUUGGAAUGCACAACGUUGGCCCGAGAUAGCGAAAAUUCUCAAAGGACAUUGUGGCUUAGUUAAGGGCGUCACUUGGGAUCCUAUUGGAAAAUAUCUUGCUUCACAAUCGGCUGAUAAAACUUUGCGGAUAUGGCGUAUUUCCGAUUGGUCUGAAGAAGUUUGCAUCAAAGAACCAUUCGAACAAUGUGGUGAUACAACACAUGUUCUUCGACUUUCAUGGUCACCUGAAGGACAAUAUUUGGUGUCAGCACAAGCGAUGAACAAUUGUGGUUCAGUUGCUAAAAUAAUUGAACGUCAAGAUUGGUCUUUUUUACGUGAUUUUGUUGGCCAUCGAAAAGCAAUACCAUGCGCACGUUUCAAUCCAAAUAUGUUUAAAUUUUUUUUAAAAUCUAAAAAGAAAAGGAAUCAAAAUGAAGCGGAAACAAAUAACAACGAUGUGAAAGAUAAUCAAAAACAGAAAUUCAAAACUCAUUGCAUCUGUGCUCUUGGAUCGCGUGACCGUUCCAUUUCAAUCUGGUCAACGGCUAGACAACGGCCAUUGGUCGUUAUGGAUGAUGUUUUCGGUAACUCUGUUGUCGAUUUAUCAUGGUCAAGAUGUGGUUAUCAACUUUUAGCUUGUUCAGUCGAUGGUGGUGUGAUUUGCUUUCAAUUUGAUUCCGAAGAAUUGGGUUCAAUUUACGACCAAGAAGAACGUGUACAAUUUUUACAACAAUUGUAUGGAAAUUCAUUAUUUUCACAGACAAAUUCCAUUGGAAAUAGAUUGAUCGAAGAUAUGGACAUUUUAUUGUUGCAGCAAAAAGAUCUUAAGAAAUCUGAAGCACCGCAAAAUGGAUUAUCGUCCAAUUCAAAUGGCUCAGUGAAGCAUUUGGAAAAUUCAAACAAUCAAAAUGAUGGCGAACAGAAAAAGACUGUAAAUACAAUACUAUCAAAAUCUUCCUCUACCUCGUCAUCAUCAUUAUCGAUGGCUGAAAACAAAGAGCCACCGAAAUCGUCGACAAAUCUUAGCCCCGGACGACUAGCAAAAGGUCCCACCGAUAAACAAAUUGAAAUUCGAUCAGCUGAUGGUCGUCGUAGAAUAAUACCAUUAUUCAUACCUCCAACAACUGCAACGACAGAUUCGACCGCUAACAAUACCGAUACAAAUAAUUUGAUGAAUGAUCAACAAAAACCUCUUUCCAGUUCGGUCUCUUCUCGUCCCAUUUCAUUCAGCUCUUCAAGUGAAUCUAAGAGUAAAAUUGUUAUUGAAACAUUGGAUGAAUCUAAUCCUGGAUCAAAUUUACGCGAAGCAUAUCAAUAUUUGAAUAGUAACUCUUUUAAUGGAUUUGGAAAAUCUUUGAAUUCAAAUGCCAGAGAUUCAACAGAAGCAACAGCUAAAAUGCAAACGAAUGACGACUCUGAAAACAAUGGAGAAAAUCUAAAACAUUCAUCUUCGAAUAAUGUGGCUUCAUCGACCAAUCAAAACUUUGUACAAUCCAAAUCAUCUGAUGAGUCUUCUGAUGAUGAAAUUAUCAUUAAACGUUCUAAAUCAUUGAAACGUCUUCCUAGCAAAACAUCAACGUCAAUUGAACCGCAAGUAAAACGCAAAAAAAACAAAUCAACUUCGGGUGCUCAAGAUCAAAUCAAUACUACGACCAUUUCGAAUAAUGAUUUAGCAAAGUGUACAGAGCCAAAGAUUUCUUCUUUCACAAAAUCUUCAUCGUCUAUCAUUAACAUCACUACCGCCAAACCCACUCCUUCAUCGAAUCUUAAUGUUCAGAUGACAAUGACUAAUGGGCAACAUUCAUCACAAAUUUCUUCUCCUCAAAAUCUCAUUUUUCCACCAUUACGAUUACCUAGACAAAAUCAUUCUAGCAUACGAUUGUUUACAAGAUCUGAAGAUGGUAAACAAUUCGCGAUAAACAUUGAAUAUCCACUAUCAUCAAGUGGUAUCUGUAAAUUAUCUGCAUUCGUCCAUGACCAACUUCAAUGGUCAGUAAUAAUUUCGGAUCCAAUAUUAGCUGUUGCUGGCAGCGAAGAAUUGGUCGCCUGUUUUUGUCAGGAUUAUUCCAUACAGAUUUUUCAUUCAACCGAUGGACGACGAUUAUUCGUUCCUGUCAUUCUAGAUUCUCCAGUUGCACGAAUGACUUGUGCGAAUAAAUUUCAUCUUUUAAUGAUAACAAGUAAUGCUCGUUUAUGGCUUUGGGAUUUUCGUAUCCCAAAAGUUUUAGUUCAUGGCGAAAGCUUGGCUCCACUUUUGAUUGAUCCAAAAAAGUCUGAGCAAUUCUCCAUACAAAGUGCAUCAGUAUCGAGUACUUCGAAACCGGUUGUUACUGUUUCGAAUGGACGAACAUAUAUUUUCGAACCAGAUUUUCAAUCUUGGUGCCUUCUAAAUGAUUUGAACGAUCCAUUAAAUUCUUGUACCGAACUUCGUCCUUGUGCAGUAAAUACUAUCAAACAACUUUCAUCAUAUUCGAAAUUUCCAAGUCGCUCUAUUAUGAAUUUUUUCUCUUCAAACAUACCGAUGGCACAACAAAGCGCCUUGAGUUUCAUGGAAAAACAGAUUGAAAUCGCUAAACUUAUUGGAUCACCAGAUGAAUAUCGGUAUUGGAUUUUAAAUUUUGUGAAACAAUUAGUCUCAAUGUAUUCGAAUGGUGGUGGCAUGCAUACGUCAAAUAUUGAAAAUCGUUUGAAAGAACUUUGUUCUAAUUUACUUGUUUCACCAUUUUCUCAACAUUUGUUGGAACAAAAAAAUAUUCAAUCCAGUGCACAAAGCAUUGCUGGUGGUGUAAACAAACAUAAUUUAUUAAGAGAAAUUCUUCCAAUAUUAGCCACGAAUUUAGGCCUACAAAGAUUAUAUCUAGAAUUCAAAGAUUCACUAGAUUCAUUCACUAAUACUAAUAAGGAAUCAAUAUUGAAAAACCCGUUUUCCAAUCGAAUGAAAUCAACUAAUAAUGAUGAGAGUGUGAAUAAAAAUGGAGAUGAACAAAAACCAGCCAAUUAAUUGAUUAGCAAAAUUUUUA